UUCAUAAUCUAACUCCAGCUGGGCGUAUCAAAAAACCAUCAUAUUCUUUGGUAUUUUCAUGGGUAAAAAUUACAUGGAAAAAGGUUAACUCAAUUUUGAUUUGUAAAUCAUUUAAAUGUUGUGGUAUUUCAGUUAAAGUUGAUGGUUCAGAAGAUGAUAUGAUCUUUGAUUAUGAUAAUCUCAUAGAUGAAAAUCAAGAAAAUAAAUUAUUAGAUGAAAUGGAUGAAAAUGAUGAUAAUGAGGGAAAUGAUAAUAAUGAAAAUGAAUAUAAUAAUUGGAGUAGUCUUAAUUUCGUUUAA